AUGGAUCUUCCUAUUAUUAAAGUUCAAUUUCCUCCGCAGGUUAUUGUUGAGGAAAUAGUGCGAAAACAAUUAAAUAAUAACCAUCAAAAAUGCAAACCAUACAAAAAUGGUCCUAUUGCUACUUAUGGCAAUAUUUCUCCUUACACUUCUUCCCAUUCUCCUUCCCUAUUAAAUGAUCAAUCUUCUCAGAAUUAUGUCAAUACAAAUGAAGAUGAAUUUAUUAAUUCUAUUAAUACCAAUAAAAACAUUUCUCUCAAUAAUUAUUCUCUUUAUUCUUCUCUUACUCCAUUAUCGGGUCAACCUUCUCCAUAUUUUAAUCAUGUCAAUGCAAAUGAAGAUAAAUUUAUUAGUCCUAUUGCUAUUAAUGACAAUAUUUAUUCUUACACUUCUUCCCAUUCUCCUCUUACUUCAUUAUUAAAUCAACCUCCUCAGAAUUGUGUCAAUAUAAAUGAAAAUGAAUUUAUUUGUUCUAUUGCUGCUGGUGGCAAUAUUUCUCUUAACAAUUAUUCUCCUCAUUCAUCUCUUAUUCCAUUAUCGGGUCAACCUUCUCAAUAUCUUGUACCUGGAGACUUUUAUUCUGUUAACAGUAAAGCACUUUCGAGUGGUGUUUAUCCUGUAUCUGCAGUUCAAGCCGAUAAAGAAAUUAUGUUAU